UAAUGUAAAAUGACGUUAACGGUUUUCUUUUUAUUUCUUAACUAAUGGGGUCUUUUAACUUAUUCACCAUUAAUGUUAGGAGUAUUAAGGACCUGAUGAGACGACAGACCAUCUUUGCAUUUCUCGAUAACCAGAAUUGUAAUGUGUACAUGUUGCAGGAAUGUGCCUUUCCUUUCUCCAGGUCUUACAAACACCUCAUGCGUCAGUGGACCCAUGGUCCCUCCUACUGGUCUGGGGGUAAUAGCUGUAAGUCUGCAGGGGUCGCCAUUCUGAUCAGGGGGAGCCUCUUCACUGUUGAUUCUGUACUUGAGCUAGUCUGUGGCCGUUUACUGGUCGUGGACGGUUCCUGGGCAGGGGAGCCUGUUAGGCUUAUCAACGUGUACGCCUCCCCUGAGAAGGGUGAGCGUUUGGAACUACUCCAAACCCUGCGGGCCCAGUUAGCAACCACCCGGGCGGUAGUGUUGGGCGGGGAUUUCAACUGCCCCAUUGAGGAGGACGGGCGCAGCACCAGCAACGGUGCCAAACUGGAUGUCACCUCCAAACUGCUUAAGGAGAUGGUAACCGAAGCAUCCUUAAAGGACGCUGUUGGGUCCAUUGGGAACGGCACUGUGAAUUACAGUUGGUGCCGCCCCGAUGGCUCAGUGCGUUCUAGGAUUGACUUUGUGUUUACCUCCCGUACCAUCAAGCAGACAAGGUAUGCUAUGGUCCCCUGCUUCUUCUCUGACCACAGGGCCAUUCACUUUCAGGGAUCUUUGGGCUGUGGUUUUCCUCCAGGUCCGGGCUCCUGGAAGCUGAACUGUGAACUGUUGGGAAGGGAGGAGGUUAUGCAAGAACUGAGGGAUGCAUACAUUUGGUGGAGGAAUGAGAAAUGUUGUUUUAAUAAUGUCAGUGACUGGUGGGAAUUUGUCAAGGUUCAGUUGCGUAGUUUCUUUCAGGUGAAGGGCAGGCGUCAAGCCUGCGAACGCAGGAGGAACUUCAAGAGGCUGCAGAGAGAUCUACAGUCCCUUCAAGACCUCCAGCGGUGUGGCUGGGAUGUGAGAAAGGAUCUGGAGGAGACCAAAGAGGGCCUGAAAGGGCACUUUGCGGAGGAAUCCAGGCGCAUCAUCUUCCGCUCCAAGGUGGAGCAUCUCGAGAAGGGGGAAAAGUGCAACUCUUUCUUCUUCCGAAAGCUCCACUCCGGCCACACACCCCUGACAGAGCUCCGCGACGAGACAGGCACCCUGAAGUCAGAGCUCUUCGCCGAGUGCAUCCGACGGAAUCCAGAGAUCAGAGGGAUCACCGCACCAGGACCUGCCAGAUCCCAGAUCAAGUGCUCGCUGUACAUGGACGACGUGACCGUCUUCUGCGCAGAUCAGCAGUCGGUGAGAUCGCUCGUCCAGACCUGCGAGGACUUCAGCAAAGCUUCAGGAGCCAAAGUCAACUGCGGGAAGUCAGAGACCCUCCUCUUCGGAGACUGGAACCUGGCUUCUGACAACGUCCCCUUUUCCAUCAAAGCCGACUUCAUUAAGAUCCUCGGAGUCUGGUUUGGCGGUGAGGGCGCUGCCCUGAAGUGCUGGGAGGAGAGAAUGGCAAAGGUCAGACAAAAGAUUGGCCUCUGGAGUCUCAGAGACCUCACAAUCGAAGGGAAGACACUGGUGCUGCGGAAUGAGAUUCUUCCUGUCCUGCAGUACAUGGCCCAAGCAUGGCCUCCGCUGGCUACGGUCUGCAGGGCCAUCACAAGGGCAGUCUUCCACUUCAUCUGGGGCUCCAAGAUGGACAGAGUAAAGCGGUCAGUUAUGUACAAGGCCCCCUGCAAAGGUGGAAAAGGAGUCCCUGACAUCCCCACCCUGCUGAGGAGUUUCUUCGUGUGUAACUGCAUCCGCCAGACGAUCACCGGCAAAGAAAAGGACUCUGUUGGCAGCUCCAUGUCCCGUUUUUUUCUUCUUCCACUUUGGCGUUCGCUGGGGUGGGACAAGUGGGACAGCUCCUACCCUUACAACUGGAACACCCCUUGGUUUUACCUGGAUGUUACAAAGUUUGUGAGGGAACACCAACUGGAGGGAGUCAAGCCCGAUUUGUGGAAACCAAAGACAAUCCACAAGUUGAUCAGAGCCAAAGACAAGACGGAGUCUAUUCCAGGGCUCCCAGAGGACACAGCAAAGGUUGUUUGGGGGAAUGUUUCUUCAGACAGCCUGACCAACAAGCACAAGGACAUGUCAUGGAUGGCCAUACAGGGGGGGUUGCCCCUCAGAACAUUCAUGCAUGCCCGUAACCUGUGCAGGUACCGGCAUUGCCCACGGUGCAUCCUUUAUGAGGAAACAUCUUUGCACACCUUUUGGGAUUGCCAGUUUGCUCAGGUCCUGCUUGAUGCCCUGGAACAUGAACUCAAAGACUGUGUGCCCAGGAACUUGCUUACGCACCAUGCGGUGCUUUAUGGGCUUUUCCAGGGUACCCACACGGAAGGGGCAAUUCAGGAUGCCUGGCGCCUUAUGAACUCUUUUAAGGACGUUUUAUGGUAUUCCAGGAACUGCCUCAUUCUGAGGAGAGAGAGGAUGACAAUCCAAGACUGCCGCAGACUGAUUCACAGUCUGCUCCGGGACUACAACAUCCGGGACAGCCUUGAGGAAGAAGAGGACUGAAAACCCUCUCCUUCUCCCCCUCCCUCCCUUGUUGUCUAAGUUUAAGUGGAAAAUAAAGCUUUGGGCGUUUCAAAUUCCACAUCCCUUUCCCCAUCUCCCACCCCCCAUCCACUCCCCCUCUACCUCCAUUGCUUUAUUUUGAAAGUAUAAUGUGAAUGCAAUGAAUGAAUGAAAAACGGAAAUGUUUGUUUUUUGUAUAUUUAUAUUAUAUAUAUAUAAUAAAGUAUA